AUGUGUAUCAGUGAGCAGAGUCAGCUGGACGAGAACGGUAGUGUAGGAGAGAAGGCUUCGAAAGUAUCUUUCAUGACUACAGCAACAGAUAUAUGGAACGCAUUCGGAUGGUCACAUGUAACAAACCGUAAUAUACCAUCUAACAAUCCACGUGAGUCAGACAAGCAUAUCAAGGACACAGACAAUACCGGCUGGAGUUGUAUGAGCAAAAGUUUGGUUAGUGGUGCGGUAAGACUCUCUGAAUUUCUGUAUCCAGCAAACCCAAAUUUGCUACUGAAAGAAGCAGCGCGAUCAAUAACCGGUCCUGUGGGAAAGCAGAAUAAUAGUAACACAGAAGUUACACAAGAAUCAAACCAUUCUAAGAUCAAUAGCCAAAUAGCAAACAAAGUAAUAGAAGUGUAUAAUGUAGCUCCUAAGGGGAGUGUACAAAAGCGGAAGAGCUCUUAUUGUUGCGGGUACUACGAUCAAAACACGAAAGGAAAUGAAAGCCGAAGGACUUUUCAACUGUCCGGCACACGUUUAGAUCAAUCAUUCCGCGAUAUGAGACAAAUGAUGACAGGGGAGCCACUCAUACAACCUGUGUAUAGUAGAUCAGGUUCGAUGAUGCAGCGCUUAAUAGAGCAAUAUCCUUUAUACUGUCAGAUGAAGUAGAUGGUACUUUAUCAUGGGGAAAAAAGACGAUAAAGCUAUCCGCAGACGAGACAGUAACUC